GUAUAAAUUAGCGGAUCAGUUUUGGAUGUGGCAGUGUAACAGUAAAAAUGUUCAUAAAAGCGUUAAAACCCUCGUUUCUUUGCGUUUUAGCAGUGUUGGCUGUGCAGGCACUGACUGCUCAUGCCAAACCUCCACCACCAACCGCUGACUCCGAUGAAGAAUCUGAUUUGGCGACUCGCGGGUUGUUGGACAUCGUAACAAACCCGGUGAAGACCAUUAGCGAUGGUGUUUCCGCAGUGGACAGAGGCCUGCGUACGGCGCGGUCUGCAGGCAGAGAUGCUGUACUUGGAUCAGUUGGAAAGGGUCUGGAGCUAGCAACCGGAGUUAACCCAUCCACCAUCUUGGAAUUGCCUAAGACUAUGGCCAAAACCGCCAUCAGAGGCACACGCCACGGCACGGAGAUAACUGCCGAUGCUACCGACGAGACUCUAAAUGGAGUCUUGGACAUGCACGACCGUAAUAAGCAGCUCUUGAAUAACUUCGUGCUUCCGGUAGCCCCGACUGUGGUGAGCAACGCGAUCAACGGUGUCAACGAUCGUUUUGAAUCAACGGUGGAAACGGUGAAAGGUCACGUUCAGGACGGGAAGAACCACGUCGUGAACCGGCUCAACGACAUGGAGGACUGGGUGGAGCGUGGAGGAUCCGUGGUGCCCGAUGCCGUUAAGGGUGGUAUUCAAGGUGUGGGAGACGCCGGUAAAGCAGUCACCGGAACCGGAGGUGGAUGGAUCACGUCGUGGAUUCCGGGAUGGUCAUCGUCAGCACCGCAGGGACAAGGAAUAGCACCAGCGGCGGCGACAGCAGGAGCAGGCCGUACACGUAGGAACAACCGCAAUGGAGGAAAUGGGCAGGCUGGAGAAAGUGGACAGAAUGGACUAAACGGACAGUUAACCCAAGCAGCCGGCGCUAGGACUGGAAUAUCUAGAUUCCUACCGUGGUAAAAAAUUGCGAGUUUCAUGGGAUUUUUUCCUCGGAAAAUAUGGAACUCUCCGGCCGGAUCACUCUGCUUUGGGAUUCGACCACUAAUUAUGUGUCAAUACUUGGAAAAAUUCAACGUAUAGAAAAAUAAAUGUAUUUUGUGAGGCAUA